AUGCUUGACAAAUUACCCAGAGAAAUUCAAGAAGAAAUAAUUUAUUAUUUAAUCGAAUUGGACCGUGAAGGGCACAACAACUUCAUUUUUCCAUAUACUGGAAAGAGUAGAUCAGCUCAAUCGUUGGCCGCACUAUCUCAAGUGAGUUGGAAUGUAAGAUCGGUCUGCGAAUCUUUUCUCUGGAAGACACUAGUUUUCAGUCGACCACAAAGGCCUAACGAGCUGGAGGCUAUCUCGGAGAUAGCUGCUCGAAUCCGUCACAUUCGUUCGUUACAAGCUCGAGUGUCUCUUUCCAACAGUUCACUCGCCCACAAUGGUGUCAUUGACCAUAGGUGCUUAGAUUAUUUCUCUGAUCUCAGAGAUUUCCUUACAGAUCUCUCCGAGUCCCAAUGCAGUUUGAAGCAUAUACGUCUUCAAACUCUGUGCGAUAUCGAGAUCAACAGGCUCAUGUGGUUAGAACACACCAACAAUAUACUUUUCAAGCAACUCAAGGUCGCUCACCGAGAAGUCACGUAUGCGGUGUUUAACUUUCCUCUUCUCACCUCUUUGGACAUUAGUGGGGCUUGUUACGCUUUUGUACCUGAGGAUGAUAUUGCUCAAUGUAUUCGACAACUUCCUCAUCUAGUUCGAUUCCGAGCCCAUAAUUCAGUAGCUCCUUAUCACCUCAAUUCACCUCGAAGAUUGAUGCUCGGCAGGGCUUUAGCACGGCUUCGCUCAUUAGAAGAGCUAUCACUGCAAAAUUUAGAUACUCCCGACCAAAGCUGGUGUGAUCUUGAAUGGAAUAGUUCCCUAAAGGUUUUGUCAAUAAAGCGAUGCCUGGGCCUCACGGGUGAAGCAUUGUAUGAAUUCAUCUUGAAAUUUCCAACCAUAACUGACAUUCGGCUUAACAAAGAAGCUUGGCCAGGUUUGAAGUCACUUGUUUUUUCAUCAGUUCCGCCCGGAAAUGAAACGAGAAUGUGGCUUGAGAAUUGGGCUCUUGGACGACUGGUGAGGAUCAAGUUUCAUGGCACUCAACCAACACCCCUACCAGGAAUCGCAGAUCACGAAAGCGAAGAUGAGGACGAAAACCAGAUGGAACCUGACCCGCAGAAUCAAAACCACGUAGAAACUGAGGAUACUCAACUGGACGUGCAGACAUCAUUGUCAAAUCCUGAUAACAAUGGCAAUACUGAAGCGCAGAUUGGUCCAUCUGAAAUCGAAGGUGCAGUAGCUGACGUAAAUUCAUCAGAUCUUGGAGAAGAUCACUCAUCUGAGGGUGAUUAUUUCGUGGAAGAAGAAUUUGAUGAAUAUGCUGAUCUUUACGAUGGCUUUCCAUCUCCAGAAGACCAUGGAUUCUUAUCGCAAAUUGAAGCCGCAGAAGCUGAUGCAGCUCAAUUAGAAGCUGCUGCAAUUCAAGCAGAACCCGCCGGUGAACCUGAAGAAUUCAACUCGGACUCUGAUAGCGAUGAGACUGGUACUAAUGUUUCCAGCCAAGACCCUAUUGAAGAAAACGCAGAUAAUGACGAUGCGCUCUCAGUGCCAGGUUCACAUUGCAGUGAAUUGGAGGAACUCGAAGAUUGGACAUCUUCAACUUGGAUAAGAGAUCAUGAGUGA